AUGGAGAAGAAGAUUAGUGAUAUGGAUGUGUUUGUUUGCAGAGGAAUAUGGUAUAUAAUGACUCUACUCUCACUUUUUGGCCUCUCCAAAUCACUCAAUCUUCUCUGGCCACCUGGAGAUUCAUCGUCUCAGUCCUUUAGGGACGGUGCGGUCAGUGUCACAACAUUCUACGCAGUGACGCUACUCAGAUAUCUUUUUUUCACCGCUCCUCCUUCCGCUUGCUACAAGGAGUUUACUACAAAGUUGGAGAGAGUACCUCAGGUUUUGUUUUCGACAUUUUCCGCAAAUUUAGCGUUGGCAUUGCCCUUAAUAUAUGAGCUAUUGACAAACAAAGAGUUUGAAUUGUCCAUGUCGUUAUUCACCAUCUCGUUGUUCACCGGAGGGUUAGGGCUGAUUCAGCUAUCGGAUAAGUUUAGGAUGGAGAUCGGACAUGCUUUGUACACGCUCUUCCUCGGUUGGUUAUCUUGUCUCUUUAGCAUGUCUAACAAUCUAUACCGGGACUCGGACACUUUCUCUGCCUACCGAGCAAUAGAGGACAAGCUUGACACACAUGCUAUGACUACACUUUCUAUCUAA